AUGGAUUACAGCAACAUGCCUUUGGAGGAAAAACGCUCGUACUACCUAUGUGGCAAUGACUAUGUGACUUUAGAUCAAGUACUAUCAUGGCCAGAUUAUGUGAAGGAGAGGCAUUGGUCUUUUACCAGGGAAGGUACUGUAUUAUUGAUGUUAUUUUGUACCAUUAAAACCAUACUCCAUAUUAAAAAAAUCUUUCCCCUUCUCUGAAUUUCCAGCUCUUUAUCAAGCCCCCCUCCUCUCUACUAAGACACCUUGCCCUUCCUAUUAAGAUCCCUCUUCUCUACUUAGAGGCUUUCUCUUCCUCCUUAUUAAGACCCCUUUCGACCUCUGCCCUUUCUCUAUUAACUCCUGCUCAUCUAUAAAACUGUAUCCUCUAUUAAAAGCCCCUCUGCUCUGUAUGGCCCCAUACCCUAAUCUUGUUUAUGACUCCAUCCUCUACUCACUAUUAAUGCCCUCUCUCUCUAUUAAGAUGCUCUUCCCUUUUUCUCCAGUAAGCCUCUCCUCCAUUAAAACACUAAUGUAAUCUCACUUUAGAAAAUUUGUUCAUAAACGACCCAAACCUAAAUAUUCAACUGUAGAUCAUAUGAUAUCCACAUAAUUUUAUUGAAUUUAAAUAUAGGACUAAUUUCUUCUAUCAUUCGUACUUUCCAAGGAUUCUAUAAGAGCAUGGAAUUUUCUUCCUAGGGAUACAAAACGUUUAUAGGUAGCAAUGAAAGUAUUAAGAAAGCGAUAAUAACUAAUUUUUUGAGGAAAAUGGACAGCCACAGUAUGGAUUACCUUGUAAACAUUAAUAACUUGUAAAUAACUUAAUUGUAACUUAUAUGUGGUUGUAUAUUAUAUAUUUUAUCUUGUAGUAUUCCUCACAUACUUGUUAGUUGGCAGUCCGCUUCAAUUGGGGCUUAGCUCUGUUGCCCUUUUUCGCUACAAAGCACCUCCUCUUAAACCCCCUCCUCUCUUGCAAGAACUACCUCUCCUUUAUCUCCCUCCUCUCCGUUAAUAUUGCCCUUCCCCCGUUCUUGAUUAAGACACCCCUCUCUAGUCUAUUAGGUACCUCAUAAUAACUAGUCAUCUUUACCAGGCUGGCUUAAAAAAGAUUCAGAAUUCACCACUGACAAUGAUCACAUAAACAGAAAGGUUUCACUCUGGCGAGGAGAUAUAACACGGCUUGAAAUUGAUGCUAUUGUGAAUGCUGGUAGGUUUCUUAGCUAGGUUUCCCAAGGUGGACAAACCAGGAAGCAUUGUUACGUUUCUCAAGCUUUGAGCAACCGAACGUGAGAACGUCAAUUUUGGCAAUAGGAAACAUAACUCGGAGCUUGACGUCUUGAGAUCUGAUAAAUAAAACAGAAAAGAAAAUGUUAUAGAAAAGAGACGCCUAUUAAAUCUGGUGGGUAAAUAUUGUAAAAGAUACAGGGAAAAAUUGAAAUUUUCUACUACAGUAUAUUAGCGUGCACAAGAUCUUUUGACUCAGGUUUGCAGUUAGCUCCAGUCACUUGCAGGUAUUGCAAGUAAUGCAGUUACCUCGGAUCCCAAUAUCUGACACCCGUGAUAAAAAGUGUUGUGAAGCCACAUUUAUUAUUUUCUUUCAGCAAAUAAAAGUCUUGUUGGAGGUAUUGCAAGUAGGUUGUGUUUUUCAGUGGCGUCUUGUGGACAGGUUUUGAUGGAAAUCUAUCUUGUUUGCUUACACAACGUUUACUAUUAUUUUCUUUCAGCAAGUGUAAGUUUCUGGCCAGCAGCUCGUACAGGUAGGUUGUGUUCCUCAGUGGCGUCUUAUGGACAGGUUUUGAUAGAAAUCUAUCUUGUUCGCUUACACAACGUUACUCAUUAUUUAGUUGAUGAUUGUAUUCAUCGAGCUGCAGGCAAGGAACUUCUAGAGGAAUGCAGAAAAUGGAAUGGAUGUGACAUUGGCGAUGCUAAAAUCACCUCAGGUACAAUCAUUGAAAUGAAUAUAACUGGAACGCUACCUCCAACCGGAAAUUUGAAGCCAAACUUGAAAGCCAGUCCCACUAUCCCACUCUUUUCACGCAUGCGAAGAGCACUCAAUCAGUCAAUCAUGAUAUAAACACGCGUGACGUAACCACGCGUUCCAGAUAUAUUCAUUUCAAUGAGUAUAAUACAUAUUUAUUAUUUUCGAAAAUUUAACCAUUGAGUGCCGGCGCUGUCAACUUCAUGAGUAAAAAUUGUCUGGCAUUGGACGAAGUAAAGUCUGUAAUAAAAUAGGGUGCAUUAUGGCGCAAUGCAAGAUAGGCCACGGUCAAACGUCGAACUUUUCAUGUGCCGAACCUAAUGCAAAUGAAGUGAAACAAACAACUUAGCUCAUUAACAUUAGGUUCGGCACAUGAAAAGUUCGACGUUUGACCCUGGCCUUAAUUAAGAUUUUAUAUAAAACCUCGGUCAAACGAGGAGUUGGUGAGAGUUACCAGUCACGCAUUGUUACAGGGGACAUUUCAAGCUCUAGAUGAACAAAAUAAAGGUUUGAUGAGUGUUCCAACUAUGUUUUAACUUUAAUAAAAUACAUGAUAGUGUUGGGAAAGCAUUAAGAACAGCUAACCAAGCUCGCGUGACUGUCAACUCUCAUGCACUCUCAUCCUCGUUUCAUCCGGGCUUAACUAUCCUCCUUUGUGGUAUUAAUGCGUGUUUUCCUUCUAUUUCGACAGGACAAAAACUUCCAGCUAAACGUAAGUACGCAAAUCAUUUGGUUAAUUGCCCCGUUUCAGUACACUUGUAUACAAGUCUUUUUGUGUCGAACGGUGUCUGUGUCCUGCCGUUUAUUUUCAAGCUUGCUUGUAUACGCUGUAAAAAUAGUUUUACUGACGGUACAUUCAUGAAGAACAACAAUCCAACGUGGAGACCAGAUUUUAGAGCAGAUUUUAGAUUUUAUUUUUUUCAUGUUGUGUAGAUGUGAUUCAUACGGUUGCUCCAUUGUUUGAAGAAGAGCGACUGUUGGAAAGCUGUCAUAAUUCCUCUCUCAGGCUGGUGAAAGAACACGAAUUGAGUUCAGUG